AUCGUACCAGCAUGAAUUCUACAUUAACAACGAACGUGGGAUCAAUUCCUUGGAAUUGGACAGCAUUUUGUUCGACUGGUUUGAAACCCUUCGAAUCAGACUCCAACGAUUUCUUACCAUGCUUUCAGGAGGUGUUCUUGCAACUUCCAAUCUUUGCACUUUUCGCCAUUUGUUCGUCUUACUAUUGUGGAAUACACGAAACUCCAGUUGUACGGGAUCAAGCCCAAAUUUAUUUAAUACAUGUAAGAAUAACAGCAUCAGCUGUAGCUGGAUCGAUUCCUGUUCUCCAAGCGUUGGUCCUCAAAGCAAAUGAUGUAAAAAUUUAUCCAGCUGAGGUACUGUUGACAUGUACACAGUUUAUCAGUUGGAUGGUUCAUAUAGGAUUUUUACUAACGCAACGGCGAUAUGGUGGUUUGAACCAUAGAGGUCCAUUGGCGUUGAUCGUCGUAUGGACAGCAGUUCUAGUAUUAGACUUCGUCUGGCUGAAAUCUAGUAUUUCUCACCAGGAAUAUUGGCCUUGGAGUCUGAUAAGAAUUCUCGCAAAUUGUUCCUAUUUAUUAACAUUUAUCCCAAAAGGCCAUGCAAGACUGACUAGAAGCAGGGUCGCCGCUGAUGAGGAACAGCAAUCACUACUCAGGCAUCGUUACGUCUACUUCAAUGCAGAUUUUAACGAAACUAUACUUGGGCACGCACAAGACGAAGCUAACAGCUUUUCAAAACUGCUUUUCAUAUGGGUGAACCCACUUAUCAGCAAAGGGGUGGCAGGACAUUUGAAGAAAAUUGAAGAUUUAUUCGAUUUACCAGAAUGUUUGAGUGUCACGAGAAUCAGUGAAAGACUUCAACAAGCAAUUUCUAGUUCCAGUUCGUUGUUUUGGGCAUUGCAUAAGGCAUUCGGCAGGGAAUUUUAUUUAAUUGGAUUAUAUAGGUUUAUAGCUGAUACAGCCGGAUUCGCUGGUCCACUGCUACUCGGUGGACUUCUGAAAGAAAGUACAACAGAAAAUGCAGGAACUGAUGUUCGGCCAUAUUUUUAUGCUUUGGGAUUGCUAGCGGCAUCGUUAAUUUCCGCCUUUUGUAGUACACACUUCAACUGGCGCAUGUCCCUAAUUGGCAUGAAGAUGCGAAGUGGUGUUGUAAGUGCAAUCUACCGAAAGGCUCUUGAAGCACGAGGCUUACAGGAUGCUCGUCCAGAAAUCUUGAAUUUAAUGUCCACCGAUACAGAUCGUAUUGUCAACUCUUGCAUUAGCUUCCAUUCAUUUUGGAGUAUACCACUCCAGCUUUUCACGACGCUUUACCUUCUUUACGUCCAACUGGGAGCCGCUUUCAUCGCUGGUGUGAUAUUCGCUGCGACACUGAUCCCCAUAAACAGGUGGUUAGCUGUUAAGAUUUCGAAGUUCUCUCAAGGUUUGAUGAGUGCUAAAGAUGGGAGAUUAUCGGCGAUAAGUGAAACAAUUAUUGGUGCGAAGCAGAUAAAAUUGCAUGCCUGGGAGGAUGUGUUCAUAAGCAAAAUUCGGGGUUUGCGUGAGAAGGAAAUUAGUUUCCUUGCUAAGCGAAAAUAUCUAGACGCUAUGUGUGUCUAUUUCUGGGCAACCACUCCCGUACUCAUGUGUUUAUUAACUUUCUCAUUUUCAACGUUGUUGGGCAAUCCACUCACAGCAGCAACAACCUACACAAGCGUUGCUUUACUCAAUAUGCUCAUCGGGCCACUAAAUGCAUUUCCCUGGGUUCUCAAUGGGCUCAUUGAGGCAUGGAUAUCAAUUCGUCGAGUUCAAGAGCUUCUAAACCUUUCGAAUUUGGACUUCUCAAGCUAUUAUCAGCCUAUAAUGGAAAAGGCUUCAAAAAGCGUCGAUUCAAAACCUUCGGUUCUUCAGAUCAAAGAUUGCUCAUUCCAGCAUGAAACAAGGACUAGUAAGCAGGAAUCAGAUUUUACAUUCCAUUUAGAUAAUGUUAACUUAGAUGUGAAGGAGGGCGAACUAGUGUGCAUCGAGGGACCAGUUGGCGGCGGAAAAAGUUCACUUCUCUCAGCGAUUGUUGCAUCUAUGUAUUGUACUGAGGGAAAGAUCAACAUUCAGAAUUUAAAUGCAGGAUUCGGCUACGUUCCUCAAACUACUUGGCUUCAACGAGGAACCAUCCGUGAAAACAUUAUUUGGGGAUCAGUAUACGAUGAACAACGCUACAGAACAAUAAUAAAUGCUUGUGCACUUGCUGAAGAUUUAGCUGCUUUAGGAGGAGAUCAAGUUGGUGUCGGAGAGAACGGUCGAACACUAUCCGGUGGACAACGAACUCGAGUUUGUUUGGCUCGGGCAAUUUAUCAAGACAAGAAAAUUUAUAUCCUGGACGACAUUUUAUCUGCCCUGGACGCACAUGUGGCGAAUCAUAUAGUUAGACAUUGCAUAUUAGGCAUUUUAAAAAAUAAAACUCGCCUCAUUGUAACGCAAAACCGAACACUUUUCUUCCACGCAAAUCAAAUAUUGCAUGUCGAAAACGGAACUAUAAGUCCUAGCGUAUUCAAUGAUAGUUUCGAAUUGGAUGAAGAUGAUUAUGAUGGAUAUGGAGGUUCAAUGUUCACAACAGCUAGCACCAGCAAAAUAAGCGAUGACAGCGACAAGAAAAGUGUCGACAGUAUGUUCUUAGAGGAAAAAAAGGAAUACGGAACUCUCUCUGCUAAUGUUAUUUUAACUUAUUGGAACGCCAUGUCUAAACUAGUCGGAGGUGCUGUCGUUUUCUUUGUGAUUUUCAUGCAAGUUUCACGUAAUGUCUCUGAUGCAUGGCUGGCGCAUUGGGUCACCGACACAACUAUCAAAGUGAAUAAUCAAACAAAUGCUUCGUGGCUACCAGAAGAGGAUUUCGCAACAAAUCACACAUUGGGAUAUUGGUUAGGCAUUUAUACAGGAUUAGCGGUCACGAACUCAGUGUUAACUUUGGCGAGGGCAUUUAUAUUUGCUUAUGCCGGAAUUAAGGCGGCCAAGUUUAUCCAUGAUAAACUUCUGACGAAAGUCUUAUAUACGAGAUUCAGCUUUUUCGAUAUCACCUCCGCUGGACGGAUUUUAAAUCGAUUCUCCUCUGACACAUAUACGAUAGAUGAUACGCUUCCAUUCAUUUUGAACAUUCUUUUAGCGCAAGUCUUCGGUUUGCUUGGUGCAUUGUUGGUUAGCCUCUAUGCAAUGCCAUGGCUUGGACUAAUCAUAAUUCCCAUGAUCCCAAUUUACUUUAACAUACAACAUUCCUACCGACAUGCAUCGAGAGACAUCAAACGGUUAUCGAGCAAUGCCCUAUCCCCAAUCUACACCCAUUUCACUGAAACGCUGCAGGGAUUAACAGUUAUCCGGGCGAUGCGAGCUGGUCUGAGAUUCCAAUCAGAGUUUAUUCUUAAACUGGAGGAAAGCAUAAAAGCGCAAUUAACCUCAGCAGCAGCGCAACAGUGGCUUGCUUUACGUCUGCAAAUUCUCGGUGCAUUUCUAGUAGGUGGUGCAGGAUUCUUAGCAGCUAUAACAUCAGCCCAAGCAACAAGUCCUGGCUUAGUUGGCCUGGCAAUUUCAUAUGCUCUGUCGAUAACUGGCCUUUUAAGUGGAGUACUGAACGCGCUCGCGGAAACAGAACAGGAAAUGAUUGCGGUUGAACGUGUUAAUCAAUAUUUGAAUUUACCCGAAGAGGACAAUGCAAAUGGAAGUAUGCAUCCACCAUUCGCAUGGCCAAGUCAAGGUGUUGUGACUUUUAAGGAUGUCUCAAUGAGCUAUCGGCAGAAUUUAACACCCGCACUGAGAAACUUGAAUUUCCGAACGCAUGCUUAUGAACGAGUCGCUAUUGUGGGUCGAACAGGAGCUGGCAAAAGUUCAAUUUUAGCUGCUCUUCUACGCGUAGCGCCACUGUUGCAGGGCGAAAUAUCUGUAGAUUGUGUUAACUUGCGAACGUUAUCACUUCGAGUUUUAAGAGAUAGAAUUGUGAUAAUUCCCCAGGAGCCAUUUUUAUUCGAAGGGACGGUUAGAGAAAAUUUAGAUCCAAGAAGAAACUACAUAGAUUCCGAGAUCUGGAACGCCAUCACCAACUGCUUAGCUACUCCACUUGUUCAAUCACUUGGAGGCCUUAGCGGCUGGCUCGAGAAAGGAGGAUCAAACUUAUCAGCCGGACAAAAGCAACUUCUCUGCCUCACUAGGGCUUUACUCAAAAACUCCAAGGUUGUUUGCAUUGAUGAGGGAACAUCGAAUUUGGACACGGACUCUGAAGCUGCAAUACAGAUUGUUCUGCGCAAUGCAUUCAAAAGCUCAACAGUUUUAUUUAUUGCGCACCGACUAAAAGGUUUGCAGAAUAUGGAUUCGAUCAUAGUGAUGGAUAAUGGAGAGAUAAUUGAAGAAGGAUCUCCUCGCGAGCUUGGUUCUAAUACGGAAUCUGUAUUUUACAGUAUGUUGCAGGAGCAGCAAAACAAAGACUUUCAGUCAAGUGAUAAUUAGUUUUAAGUUGAGAUUACAUUAUUGGUUUGUUAAUAUUAGCAUUGUAAGCUUCAUGUCUGUUUUACUACCAGAAAAUAUUAAAUAAAUAUUUUAUUAUCAAA